AAGCUCAUUAUCCGUACAAUUUCGCAACGAAUCAUUUUACUGAAAAGCUUCUACUAAGCACUAACACCAACAACGCCAACACCAAUAAUGUCGGUGCGAAUGCGAAUGCGAAUGCGAAUGCAGGCGCAAACGCAAACGCAAACGUCAGCGCGACUUCCUUCGGCGGCGGCCCGUCACGUAAUGCCAGACAGCGUUUACGUGGUGCGGCGGUCGCGGUCAAAGCGGCGGCCAUGGCUAGGGCUGCUGCGGAUAGCGGCGGCGAUGGGUCGGGUUACGAUUACGAUUACGAUUACGAUCGCGAUCGCGAUAAUAAGGAGGAUAAUGUGUAUACCGAGUUUAGGUUCCCAAUGUCGUCGGAUACGUCUAAGAGUAGCGCGAGUGUGGGACCGGUGGCGAGAGGGGUAGGGAAAAGCGCUGGGAUCUCGACCGAUAGGGGCGAAAAUCUGGACGAUCCCGAUAUUUUGAAAGAUCUUGGUAAACCGGGCGUUGGCAGGGGGGAUGAUUUCGCGUGGCAACGUAGCGCUUCGUGCAAAGAACUAGGUAUGUUGUACCGGCAGGAGAGGCUUUUAAAGACGGACGCUGCCGGCGGCGGCGGCGUUUCGGGAUCCGAUUUCCAACGCGGCGAUCAAGCUAGCAAAUUCGAUAGUUUCCGUUACUGUUACUCGUGUCACGGGCAAACUCCCUGUUUCGAUAGGAACGGCGGCCGAGCCGGCGGCGGCGGCGGCAGCGGCGGCGUUGGCUCGGCUCACGAUCAAUCCGAAAUGAAAGUUUAUUCGAGCAGCUACCCGGGCACAGGUUCGACUCCUCAUACGUCGCUGGAGAGCGGCGACGAGGAGCCGGUGCCUCCAGCCAACGUUUUCAUCAUGGACGACGACGACGACCACCACGCUGGAGUCACGGUGACCGUCGAAGACGAAGACGAGGACGACGACAACGAAGGCGACGAAGAUUACAAGAAGAUCAGUCAAGACGAUCUGAGCCACGACUCGUACGAGGUGUUGGAGAAGGAAGAAGAAGAACGCGUAUUCGGCAGCCGGUCGAGCAGCGUCGAAUCGGACGAAAUGUUCAUCAUGGAGAACGACUACCGCAGCGUCAGCAAGCACAUAUUAUGGCGCGAAGGCAGCGACGACGUCGAGAAACGACUCGGCUACGUCGAACCGCGUUACAGGAAUAUCGGUUUCAACGAAUUCAACGAGAUCUGCAAACGCGGUUUCGCGGCUCGAAAUCGCGACACCAGUCAAUCGCACGGCAACAUCAAGUUCAGCGAAUUCGGCACCAAAGGCGACCACGCCGGCGUCGGCGCCGGUCCGGGCGCGCCGUUCGAAUCGACUAGAAGCAGCGUGAUUAGCGCCAUUAUCGGAGGACACGAUAUGGUCUCGAGAACGAAAAGCGAUCCCUACAUGCUGAAACAGAAAUCGUCCAACAAACAAAAACUGUACGGUUUGCAUCAGAAAUCGUUCGAGUUACCGCCGACCGAAUUCAACGACGUCGUCGAAGACGAUCGAUUCGCCACCAGCAAGAGCACCGUCGAUAUUCCGUACACGUUACGUAUACGAAACGCGAUGAACGGAACCGCUCGUAAUGCGGACGAAGCUUCGAUGUACGAGACGAAUUCGGCGGCGUCGGCGGCGUCGGCCUCCAGAAGUAAAUCAGAAGUGGAUCUCGGUUCGGCCAGCAGCAGCGCCGCUGCGUGCGUCAGAAUCGGCGGCGGUGUCGAAGAUUCCAAACGAUCGGAUCACGGAGCCUCGCAAGAUUCCGGGCUUUCGUUAUCGCUGGGUACGGAAAGCGUUCUAGACGAUACCGAUAUCGAUUUCAAAAACAUUCUCAUGACCAAGAAUAACUACGAACAGGUUGUAACGACCAAGAAAAGUACCAAACUGAUGCUAUCGCUGAGUGAAGAGAAUAACGAGAACGUGGCCGGUCACGAAUCUUCUUCCACCAAAGCAGCCGAAGGCGACGUCGUCGUCGUCGUCGCCGCCGCGGGAAAAACGUCGCCUCGAACCGAGUCGCCUCAGCAACCGAGUGUCAAGUCAACGUCCACCGGCGGCGGCGGCGGCGGCGGCGCUGGCGACAAAAAAGAACGUAAAAGUAAAAGUACGCUGAGCGCGGACGACAUAGUCGUCGAAAAACAUAUAACAAAAGUGAAAAGCGUAGAAUGCCCUCGAGCCAAAGUUCACGCUGCCGCCGCCAAAAUACGUAAAUCACGCAGCGCCGAAGCGGCUUACGAACGCAAAGGUUCGUUCCUGCGGACCGAGAGUAGUUCUGGCGGCGGCGGAUCUCGCGGCAAAAAAGAGAUAAUCGUGAUAGACAGCGACGAUUACCACUCGUUCGACGAUUCUCGUUCGGACAAACGAAGCGACGGCUCGGACAGCGUCAUCAUAGUCGAGUACCGAGGCAAUCGACGCAAAAAACUCAGCAAAAAAGCCUCGUCCGACAGUCGAGGAUCGCAAGCGGAAAGCGAAGCGAGCAGCUUCGACGCUCCCCGAAUGAAGAAAAAAGACCUGAAAAAGAGAAAUUCGACCCAAGGAUACUUUUCCAAAGAUCGAAUACCUACUAUCGAGAUCAGCGAAGACGAAACGUAUAAAGCCGCUGCCGGAGGCGUCGAUCAGGCUGGCGCCGCUUUGGUCGCCAUCAGACGCAGAUGCCCGCAACAGCAGCAAUACGAGUAUUCGUCCGACGAAAGACACGCUUCCGGGUCGGAUUUGAGCAAGACUGAAAUAAUCAACGAAUCGCAAGAAGAGAUUAAAUCUCCGACAUCCGCCGCUACCGGUGGCGUUGUCAGCCCGAUGACCGAGGACGAGGUGGAAAAAGACCUGUUGAUAGCCGAUGGUACAAAUAAGAUUGAUAAAGCGCAAGAAACGCCACCACCGUCUACGAUCGCGAUCGCGGAAUCUGCGCCGCAGCAGCCACCCGCUCCACCUCCUCCGCAAUUCGACAAAAAAGACCAGAAACCGCCAGUGCCGAAAAAACUCAAGUCUUUGGUGGCGGUGGCGGCGGCGGCGGCGGCGGUCGUUACUACGGCGAAUAAAACCGAAAUUCGUAAUAAAGAACCAGUUUCGUCGGCUAGUAAAAAAUUAGUGGGCGGUGAAAAAUCACCCAUAUUGACCAGAUUGGGAUUAUCCGAAGGUUCGGCGACUGCGCAACUCAAUCAGCAAAAGUUAUCUCCUUCGGCGGCCAGAAGAGCGAAAUCGUUAGAUACGCCGAUCGUAUCGUUGCAUCGGUUACCGCCGAUUACUUCGUUUUCCAGCAAAGACGAUACGGUCGACAACGAAGAAGGCGUUGUACUGGAGGAAAAAACCAUCAAGCAAGUGAAAUCUAAACUCGAACCGGUUUCCGAGACCACGCCGAUCGAUACGCUACCCUCGGCCGAACCGGAUCUACUCCGGUCAUCCGAUCAAGUUGUACCGAACACGAAAACCGCCGAAACGAACGAAGAAUCGACAUCGACAACGACAACGACAACGACGACAGACACCACAGUCGUCCAACAGCCGAUCGAUUGUGGUGCUGCGGAUACAUGCGGCCCUCCUCCGGAACCGAGCAGACUGCGAUUGAGCAAAGAGUUGAAGAGAAACUCGAUCGCUGCGGUGACCAUGUUCAAGCAAAGUUUAGAUAUGAAAUCGGCCAAGAAAAUGGAAUCGGAAACGCUGGCUUUGAGCAAAGAACGAAGUAAAAGCGAAGGUUACGAGAAAAGUUUGGCCAGCAGCGGUUGCCAAACGCCCGAACGUAAACACAGCACCAGACAGGAACGACUCGACUCGUUCAAAAAGCUGAAAAAUUUCUCCAUCGAGUUAUGGGAGUCCGAAGACGUAGACGCAGCUGCGGCGGCAGCGGUGGCGGCAGCGGCCGCCGCCGCAGCUAAGGCGAAAAAAUUCAAUACUUCUACCAGCAAGGAGUACGACGACAGCGUAUUCGACGAAGAACUGAAAUCUCCGAGAUCGCCCAAACCAUCUUCGAUUCCGGUCGUUGCUACCGCUUCAGCUUGCGAAAUGCCGGACAAAGAAUUACCACCCCUGCCUGCGGAUGCGAUCGACGAUCAAUCAACAUCGGCGACCGAAUCUGCCGGACGACCUUCUACGACCAGUUACACCAGUGACGCGACUGCCGAAGACGAUACGCCAGAACCGCCUGCUCGAGUAACCUCCGCAGCCGGAGCCGUUGCUACAACAGCAGCUGCGACAGUAGCGGUAGCGGAAGCGGAAGCGGUAACGGAUACGGGUGCUGCGGCAGCUUCCGUCGAAACUCCGACCGGCGAACGUAAAUCAUUAAAGUUAAACUUGGAAGGCUUAUUCACGCCGCAACAAAUACAAGAAAUGGAGAUUAUUCAAGGCUUGUUGAACGCCUCGCCGACGACGGCCGAAUCGAAGGCGAUCCCCGAUAAAAGGAGCUUCGACGACGAACCAUCGAGCAGCUCGUCGAUGCAACCGGAUCCGCUGAAACCGUACCCGUUGGAGAGUAGCGGUAGUUCGAGCGUCGAAGAGGCCAUUCUGCCGCCGGAUUACGUCGACGACGAAGAACUACCGGAUGUGACCAAUCUGAACGUGAUGCUGGACUCGGCCGACUUUUUGGCGGGUAAAUCGUCGGCGACAUUGACCACUUCGUCGUUCGGUUCGGCGGGCGCGUUUUUCUCGCUAUCCAGAACGCUGUCCAGGAUCAGCGAACGGAGCACCACGUCCGAGCAAGAGCGUACCACCGACAUGGACGAAGAUUCGACCAAACCGCUGAGUAGAUCGUUGUCGAUCGACGACAGUAUCAUAUCGAGCGACCAGCAACCCAGCUUCUCGUCGGAUCCGCCUUCCGGAAUGAAUUUAGAUCACGUUUUCGACGAAGACGACGCCGCAGCCGCGGUCGCCGAACUGGACGACGACAAGCUCGACUUUAAUAUACCGCCCCCGUUGCUGUCCGGCGACGAAGAGUGGCCUUCGCCGCCUCAUUCGGCCGGCUCGGUGAAAACUCCGGUCAUCGAUAACGAACGAUACAGCGCGGUCGCCGUACCGGCGGCACUAAGCGCAGCCUGUUCGGCCAUCAGUGCCGACGCGGACGCGGACGCCGAUGCCGACGCCGGAGCCAAGAAAAGCGAAGACGACGACAGCACCACCGAAGAUAACAAAACAUUACACGACGAAGAGGUAGAGGUGGAGGUGAUCAGCGAUCACGAAGAGAAGAUGGCGUUCACGAAAGAACUGCAAAGGCCUCGCGGCUCCGUAGGCGACGAUACUUCGGCCGGUAUCACGACGUCGGACUGGAGCAGCAGCACCGGAACCACCAUCAAGCAAGCGCACGGUUUCGCCACCUACAGCAAGAGCGAGGAUAACUCGUUGGCCGGCGAUUACGGCGUCCUAUCCAUCUCGACGGACACGUGCGUAGCUUCCGAGUCGCGUAAGAGCAGCACCGACGACCUCGCGCCUAUUCCGUUGGAAAAGAAGUACUUGACUUUGGACCGCAAGCAGACUUCGUUCGAACGAAGACAAAUCUUCUUCCCGGCAACGUUUCCCUCGUUCGAAGACGAAUACGAUUCCCCGUACACGGAAUCCGAAGAUACGCCCUCUAGUCCGAUACCUUCGCACGUAUUACGUAAACCUCCUCCUCCUCCGAGGCACUUCCAAACGCCCGCUCCCGCUCUCGCCCCCUCGCUUCAACAACAACAACAACAACAGCCGCAGCCGCAGCCAGGACCAUCAUCCGCGGCGGUGGUCUCUAGUACAGCCGAACUAGCAGCCGGAGCGGUGGCCAUGUCUGUAAGUCCGAAUAGUUCGGCUGCGACAGCGCAGAAGCUCAUGCGCACCAAAUGCGAACGUAACAGAGCGGCGAAAUUCCUACCCCAUUAUACCAGCAGCAGCAUGUCGACCAGUUUAGAAUCGCCGACCAGCGCCGAAAGAAAAUUCGCCAAAUCGGUAGCCAAAGCGAAAUGCUACUCGUAUUACUCGUUGGCUCGUAGUCCGCCGAGUGACGGAUCGUCGUCGUCUCCGGAAGCGCCCGAAACACCGUUGACUCCGAAUACCAUUCCUCGCGUGUCGAAAAGACGCCGCAAUCCGCAUACGAUGCGGAGACGUCAGCAACGAGCCGAAAGCCACGCCAAAGCGUUCGAUUACUCGACUUCGCCCUCGUCUGCCCAUACCCCUCAUACGCCCAAACAAUUCCAUUAUCCGCCACGAAGGAGCAGGCAUUAGGUUCGUGCGAUUUUCCGUCUCGUCCUCCGUCGCGAUCCCCCCUCCCCCCGCCGGUCUCACAACUACCGCAAGCUGGUACUUGUAAUCAUUACACCACAUCAUCUACGGACUGAAUAUUACGAUAGGUAGGAUAGCAGGUCAUCUUUAACGUACCUAUGCCUAUUAUUAUUCGUAAUCUCCUUUGCAUAUGUUUUUCAAUUUUUUUACGAAUCGUAUUUUUUUUUUCGUUUUUUUUUUGUUUUGUUUUUUUUGUUAUCGCUCCCUAGACUCUCUAAUGACGAGUGUAUGAGAUUGAGCCCAAAAAACAAAAAAAAUCCUGCCGGUCAAUUUUUUGUCUCCUACCACUUGGCCAUAAUUUGAAGGUGAUGUUCCCUUCGGAAGGAAAUGCCUCAUUUUCGAAACACUAACCGAACUUCUAACAGAAGACGGGGUAGAUGAAAAAAAGUGCAAACUAUCAAAAUAACUGAUAUCUCACUCACCAAACUAACAAACUUGUUAGUUAGGAUUUUAUGAAAAUAAUUCUUCAAUUUUUCAUUAUUUUGUACCGACGUCGAAAAAAAGUUUUUUCAGGCCCCCCCCUCCUCCCGUUUCUUUCUGAAAAAUUGAAAGAAUUGGAUUCGUCAUUCGACGUCACAAUAUUCUUCCUAAUAACUAAUCCCAUUAUCAACAAAAAACAAAUCUCCCCAGUGUUGGAAGCCGAAUGAAUCGGUGUUGGUUUGGUACGUACAUAAAACGACAGCUAGAAUAAUUCGAAAAUGGAGUACACUCCAAAUUCAGUUUUCCAAAUCAAUUUUUGUCAUUUUGAGUUUUUCCCAUUUUUAAACCGAAGAUUUUCAACAACUCACCAAAAAGGGGAGAAAAUGCUUUAGCUCUUGAAAUAGCCAAUAAUGUAUUUUAGCGUGGUCUUUCAAUUUAGCUUUGUCUGGUUCAAAAAUAUCCCUGUCGAGAUGUAGGUACCUGUCUUGUAAGUUAUAGAAAUCGCGCCGGAAGCCGCCCCCUUUCUUUCUUUCGAAGUCAAAAGCACCAAAAAGAUGAGAAAAAUUCAAUUUAUCAAAAAACUUACCAUUUUUUUUUGGUCAUAGAAGAAACCGUCCCUGGUCCUCUAAGGUAUGUCUGCUCUUUGUGUGGAGCACGCAAGGUUUUGCAAAUUUUUUCAAAAAAGUGAGUAGGUAAGUCAAAGUUUGUAAUUUUUUUCGUUGAUAAUUUCGCAAAUUUUUUCUACAUUUUUGGUCAAAAUCUUUUCAACAACCGCCAUUUUAAAAAUACAUAUAAUCUACAAACAUAUUGUAUGUAUUAGAGAAAGUGAAAUUUUGAAAACGUGAAGAGGUAAUUUCUUAUGGGAACAUCACCGUCGUCUUAUUUGUCCCCCGGCACGAAUUCUGGUAUUCGAAUAUUGAAAAAUAUGUAAAAUUCGCUCGUGGGUGUUGAGCAUCAUGCUAUUUUGCUCAAUCAAAUUGAUACCUAGGUAUACAGAGAAAGAUGUUCGUUAUGUUAAGCAUAAUUCAUGGAAUGGUUGUAAAGUUUUCUUACUACAUAUUUUUUCCAAGUGUAUCGUAGUUACACGUAUUUGUAUCGAUAGCGAAUGUACUUGUGUAUUUUCGAUUUUUUCCCUUUACAUUGUUCUUCUUCGUUGACCACUUAGAAAUUUUGUUUUUCUUUUCUCUUUACCUACUCGAUUUCCGUGUUUUUCAAGUUCAAACUGUUGCUUUUUGAAAAUCAACAUCGUGAUUUCAGCUUUCAGCUUUCAUCAUAAAUGCUAUAAUAAUACGUAUCGACCUACCUAGUACCCACCUAAUGGUGUUUUUUUUUUUUUUUUCAAAUAAAAUUCAACAAAAGUUGUUUGAGAAAGGAAAGAAAAAUGAAUUUGUGUCGAGUUGCGAGUAAUUUUGAAGAGCAUACGUACGUCGUACGAGUAUACUUAAUUUGUAUAUUUACGUAUAUGUGAGUAAUCUAUAUUAGAUGAAAUUUCAGUGUAUUUUGGGAACGAAUUUUAAUUACGAGUAUCUAUCGUAAAGUACGAAACGAUCCAAGUUUUGAAAAUCAUCGUAAUUUAUCAUCGCCCAAUCGCCCAUUACCCUCCCUACUAAUUUUGUUUCCCUCGCGAAAGCACCAAUGCUCCAAAAACCACAUUUGAAAUAUUUUGCUCAAUUUGCGCGUCGAAACCAAUAUGCCCUGAUUUUUGUAAUUUGCGCUUGGUUGCAGGCCCGUAAAAAAUUACCACGCAUUUACUCGUUAAUAUCCGAUAGGUAAUAGCCUAUGUAUGUACUCGGUAUACUGUAUGUAUUUAUUUGGUAAGAUAUAAUUUUACGAGUAUUUACGUCUAGCGUUGUUCGUCUUCCUUUUAAUGAUGAAAAUUUUCGCAGUUCUCGAUCGGCGAUCAUUUUUUUCGUCUCGUUGAAAAUUUUUAUUUUAUCGACGUUAGAAUAAUUACUUGGGUACCCGCGUAUUUCUAUUAUUUACUAAUUUUUACUCGUUGAUUUAUCCACGAUGAGAGAAAAAAAUCGUUAAUCCGGAUAAUUCUUUUAUUUACUGUAAUUUUUCAAUUUCUUUUAAUCAUCAUCGUUUAGAAGUACCUAUCUAAUUGUAAUUUUUUUUUACCGUAGGUUUUACUACCAUAAAAAAUAAGUAGAAAUAGAAAUGUCGCAGUGCACGUUUACUCGGUUAAUUUUAUUUCUUCUUGUUUUUCCUCCGUUUUUCAUUUUCGUUCUCGUUUGUUAGGGGUUUUCGGUUAUCGGUUAAUAUUUAUUUUUUUACAUUUUAUAUUUUAUUAUUACUAUGUGGUUUGUUUUUAUUAUUGAUUAAUUAUUUCUUCUUUUUUUUUAGUGUUACCAUUACGAUUGUUUUUUGAAUUACUAAUUAAUAUUGGUAAUUUCGUGUAUUUUACCGAUUACAAUAGGUUGUUGAUAUUGGUUAAUUACGCGAUGCGCGCGUUUUAUAUUCGAGUUAAGUUCUUAAACAUUUUAGGAAAAUUUUUUUUGGUUCGUUUUUCAUGGUUCAUAAUGAUUCGAACGGCGCGGCGCGGAAAUGUUGCAAUUUUGUGUGAUGAAUAGGUUGGCUUCCCACAAAGUUGUCGGAUUUUUUUAGAUUAAUUCCAUAUUUUUUGACUUCUUGGGUCCAAAAAAUUAGUGUCAAAAUCCUCCUAAAAAACUGGGAGUUUUGUAAAAGAUGCGAAAAAUUCAAUUUAUUAAUUUUUUAACCGAGUUCCAAAAAUUUGUGUCAGAGUCCCUCUCCCUCUCCCACCUCAAAAAAAUAGAAUUACGUUUAAAAUGAGAAAACCCCAAUUUACAUAUCUAAAAAUUUAUAUUUUUGCGUCGAAAAUUCUUUCAAAUCAUCCUCUUUUCAAGAAGUAAAUUCGCCAUCAGAAUUCUUCUAAAUUCGGUCCCAAAAAAACUGGCCCCCUUAUCGGGGCCUUUCUCCUCUUUCCUCCCUCCCCCCACAAAAAAAAUGAAUACAAAUCUACCUCGAAACAUACUCCAAAAAUCCAAAACUUUUGAAUAUGCUGUUUGACAAUUUUCAUUUUUGAACGGCCGUUCCUUUUCGAUCUGUUCGGUCUCAUUCUGAUUUUUCUAUUUAAAAAAAUGUACCUACUUUGUGAUUUUAGAAAAUCGAGUAAGUCUAAGUACUCGUAUCGUCGAAUCAUUUUGAACGAUUUUUAAAGUGAUGGUUGUGUGUUUAAUUUAAUUUAACGAAACAUUUAUCUUGUUCCUAUUGUAUCGAUAUUGGCUUCAUAGUUGAAAAAGUGUGGUACCGCGGUAUAGCUAAAUCGUACUUAUAUAAUUUUUUUCCCUUUGUUUUUAUUACUUACUCACGAAUCGAUUAAAAUAAUGAUUUUUGUCGUUGUUGAUUUAUAAUGUGCAUUUAAUUUCAAUUGAUGCGUAAGGUGUUAAUUCCUCAAUAAAUUUAUACUUUAUUA